UAAAUUUGCGACGGCUUGUUGAAAAUCAAAUUCGAGACCGCGGCGGAAAAAAUCGCUCUCAGUAAAAUAAAUAUUAAUAAAAUUGAUUUAAAAAAGGAUUCCAGUUUACCAAAAGUUUUAAAUACGCAUAUAUUUUUAAAGCAGAUAAGGUGAUACAAAUCAAUCGACAAUAUUGAGCAGUUUGCUGCUAAAUUUACAUAACAAAAAGUGCGCAUUUGGUGAACUUCGAACUCGAUCGAAAUGGGCAUUCCGGACAUCCGGUUGUUGGUGACGCUGGACUUCGAGGUCUACGGACAUGUGCAAGGCCUGAAUCUCACGAAAGACACCCGUGAACGCUGCGCCAAGAAAGGAAUUACUGGCUGGGUGAAGAACAGCAAACAGGGCACCAUCGUGGGCAAGAUGCAGGGACCCAAGGAGGAGGUGGACAAGAUGAUCACCUGGCUGUCCACUGAGGGCUCUCCUGGCUGCCAAAUCGACCGAUGCGAGAUUCGGAACCAGGGAAAUCUCAGCCGACUGGAUUACAAGGACUUUGCCAUUAGGUUUUAGAUGUGUUUCCUCCUUGCGAGGCUAUGGUUUUGUGUUUGUUAUGUGCACUACUUUGAUAAGUUUGUAAAUACGAGUAAUUAAUAAAGAAAUUAAUAAUAAUUCGACUUAGCCAA